AUGAAGAUUGCUACCCUUCAGUUCUCUCCGCGGCUGGCGGAAGUGGCAGCCAACUUCAGCCGAGCAGAAAGCCUGCUCAUGCGGCAGGAAAGGGAAGGUGAGCUGGAUGGCAUUGAUCUGUUGGUUCUUCCAGAGCUUGCAUUUACCGGGUAUAACCACCCGUCACUAGCAGCAAUCGCACCGUUCCUCGAACCAACAGCGGCAGGGCCUUCGACUCGAUGGGCGGCCCGCACCGCCAAACGCCUCAAAUGCACCGUGGCUGUAGGCUAUCCCGAAGCCGCCGAAGAAGGCAACUACAACACAGUCUAUGACAAACGGAUCACUGCCGAAGAGACCGGCAAGGUCGCCUACAACUCGCUCGUCUUUGUCGGCUCCACAGGGGACGUGGUGGCCCAUUAUCGAAAGUCGUUCUUGUACUACACCGACGAGACGUGGGCUCAAGAGGGGCAGGGCUUCUGGGCGGGAGUGCUUCCGAUUGGUGGCACAGGUCAGCAGGUCAAAGCUGCAGCGGGUAUAUGCAUGGACAUCAACCCCUACAAGUUCGAGGCGCCUUGGACGGCGUAUGAAUUCGGCAAUCACGCGCGCGAGGCUCGUGCCAAAGUCAUCGUCAUCAGUAUGGCCUGGCUGACGAGGCUGAGCGCCGAAGAGUUGGCCAGUCAGAUGAUGGAGCCGGAUCACGACACCCUCAACUACUGGAUCGACAGACUAAUGCCACUUUUUGGACCCCAUGGCGCUCAGUCCGAGGCUUUUCUCGUCUGUGCUAAUAGGACAGGCGACGAAGGGAUUGCCCCGCGCGUUGGGGAGGUGAGGUAUGCAGGCAGUAGCUGUGUUAUGGGCAUUACAAAAGAUGGGCGCGUCCGGCUUUGGGAUAUCCUUGGUCGUGCUCAGGAGGGCGUCCUAGUGGUGGAUACAGACUCUCCACCCGCCUACUCCCUCACAUUCAAGCAGAAGACAGAGCCGGAGGGCUUGACGACUAAUGAUGCGGAUGCCAUACCGGCGGCUUGA